AUGGCGGAACCGGCAACAAACGAUGCGUCUCUGUUGGAAAGAACCUUACAGGUUUUUGUGCCACAACCUUGCUAUGAUGAAUUCUUUGUCAAGUUUAACUUCUUUGAUGCUGUUUGUGCCAAAGUGGUCCUUAGCAAAUGUCUUGGCUACAGUAUCAUACUCGGUGCUGUAUUAGUGAAAUUGCCACAGAUUAUCAAGAUUUCCCAAGCUAAGAGCGCAAAAGGCAUCAGCUUCAUGAGUGUUUUGUUUGAGUUGAUAGCAGUAUCUGCCACCACUGCUUAUGGAUAUGCCAUGAGAUUUCCUUUCAGUUCAUAUGGUGAAGGCAUAUUCUUAGUGCUACAGACUACAGUCAUUGUGUACCUGGUGCUGUAUUACACUGGUCAAAAGAGCGGGGCUAUACUCUUCCUAGUCAUCUACAGUUUGUGUAUGGCCUACCUGCUUUCACCCGUGGCAUCAAUCCAGCUGCUGUCUGUAAUCCAGAGCUUCAACAUUUUGAUAGUCAUACUAAGUAAAAUGAUACAAGCUGUAACUAAUUAUAGAAACAGCAGCACUGGACAGAUUUCCGUCAUCACAGUCACCUUGUUGUUUACCGGCUCCCUAGCACGGAUCUUCACUUCCCAGCAGGAAACAGGUGACACAUUGAUAAUCCUGAGUUUUGUGGCAGCGUCUCUUUGUAACGGAAUUAUCUUAGCCCAGGUACUUUACUAUUGGAACAAAAAGCCCAAGGAAGACUAAAGACGUCGACAGUAGGGACCUGCUACAGUAGACAAGUCCAGAUUUUUAUUUGUAUAUAAUGAGUGUGUUGAGGUGCGACCAAUAUUGGUUUUUUGACAAAAACCAACAUUAACUUAACGAAAACAAACAUUAGUGUACAACUGUAAGUAAUAUUGAUGUGUGAAUACUCUAAACAGAGUGGGAAUGAAUAUUUGAUACUUUAACCAUUUAACAGUUGUUAGUUUGUAUUAUUGUCAAUAUGAUGACAAAACAGAUAGAAUAUCCGUUGGGAUGUGAAGACUAUUUAACUGUUGACCAUAUUGCAUUCAUAUUUUUUAAAAAAAAUACAAUGCGAAAACUAUUCAAUAGAAUUAUUUAUGUUUCCGAUAUUAUUUCAAAAUAUUCACAUCUUUUUAGUUCCCUAAUGAUGAAACCAAGGGGUCUGUCCCUGUGUCUGUGAAAGUUUGUCAAGUGCUCUAGUGGUUUCAUUCAUACCUCAAGGGAUUCAUAUCAAUUUUCAGACAUUCAUAAAAUUUGAGUUUCAGGGUUAUUGGGUCUAAGACAAGAUUUAUGGAGCUAUAUUUCUUCUCAAAGUAUCCAAGAAAAUGUUUUUAUUUGAAAAUCACGAAAAAUCAAGCCCCAUAAAAAUUAUUUUUUAGUAAAUGAUGUGUCGGAGGAUUGUCAACAUGUUAUGUUGUAUAUUAUGACCAUCAAGACCAACCAAACAACAUACUGUAGUUAUGGAUAUAGGAAUUCUACCACUGUUUUUGUUGGUUUAUUCUGUGACCUUUAUUUUAUUAUAUACAUAAGUAAUAUAUCAUUUAGUAUCUUUUUUUUUUCUCAUUUGACAUUUCAAAAUUUUAUUGAUUAAUCUGGAGUGUUGAAACCAACUCUGACUUCUUUCUAGUGACAAUGGUUACUAAUACUGUCUAUGUAAUGUAAUACAGAUUUGAUAACAACUCGUACAUGCAACAGGUGACUAGCUUUAAUUUAUUGAACAUUCUCUCUAAAGACAAAAGUAGACUGACAUGGCAGCCAUCACACAAAGGUCAAAGUUUAACACAUCAGGUAUGAUGCAGUGUAAAAGUUACAUAGUUUUCAUCCUGACUUCAAGAUUUGUUUAAAUCCAACCCAGAUGUCUAUGCAGAAUACCACAGGUAACAUAUUGUAUUAUUUGUGUUGGAGUAUGGAAUUUUUAUAUCUUAGCCUAACAGACCAUAAAGCUUACUCUUCAAGGCCUCUAUAAGCAGUAGGAUCAUUUUGAUUCCCAGUGAUAGUAUAUACAGCAGCAUGUAUGUGACUAUAUUAGUCAGUUUAGGUUAACCAACAUCCUUGAUAUGCCAGGUGUUAUGCUAACGAUUGCUCUCUGCACCCCUGACACAUUUCAUGACAGUAUUGAAAGUUCCAUGAGCGACAUCUGGUGGAAAAGACAAGAAGGCUUGUUUAAUCCUUUGAUGUCAAUCAAAUGAAUCUCAAGGUCACAAUAAAGUACUUGUAUUGGUUUUAAAGAUUUUGUUUUCUUCUGAAACCCGCUCAAAACCAAUCAGAUUGUGCCAUGAAAUGUUCCAGGGGUGCAGAAAGCAAAAGUGAUUUGAACUCCUUGAGUAUUGAGGAUAGUUAACCAACCAUGUCAGCACCAAUGUAACCAAAGACAUCAUCACCUGAAGAACCACUAACUUCAAUUAUAAUCAAGGGUUAUUGGAUUAAGUAUCUGUAGUACUGAUACUUUUUUCCUUUUGCAAUGGAACACAACACUGAAAUGAAGUUUGUUUUGUGUUUUUUAAAAGUAUAUUGCAAAGUCAAGAUAUUACACAAAAUGGCAAAGGUCUCUCAACUUUAAUUGUGGGUAUUUAACAUUGGCUAUGGUAAUUAAGAGACUAUGAAUGACACACAAUGCUAAGAGUUUUGUGUGAAACAUGUUCACAUGAAAUCUUAUUUAUGAAAUCUCUGCUUACUGUUAAGAAAUUUUUGCCCAACAUAAUUGUGUGGUUCAAGUUUAUAGAGUUUUUGAAAUCCUUUUAAGAGAAAAAAUGUAUCUUUGUUGAAGUUAUUAACAGACUUCUAUUUUCUAUGUUGUAUUUAUUUAUUUUCAGAAACCAGUAUCUUAAAAUCAUUCUUUCUUUGUAGCAGUAAACAAAUUUAUUGACAGGUUAAACCAAUGUCAGUUUUUCAGAAGGGUCCAAAUAAAAUAUGGAACACAG